AUGACCAAAUCACUCGGGUGUGUCCCAGGCUCUGUGGUGGGAUUCGGUUCAUUGCGGUGCCUACCGAGGCGGGCUGUCCGCGAUUUCAGCUCUCGCAAUGGAGCCAAGCAAUGCCAGGCGCUGACUUGGGUUGCCCGGGAUCCUCAUAGCGUGACUCCUAAGGAUAUCAUUGCAGCCUACGCGCAUCUUCGUCCCCCAUCAGAACAGUCAGCCGUUGUACCUAUCCUCUUCGCGUCACCUGAAUUCACGCCAUGGAUCGAGCCAGCAAGCCCGCUGCUUGCAGAAUGGGCGACUCCAUUGUUCAAUAAGAUCUAUCCCAGCAAUGCUCCCGACGUCGUCCAUACAGUUGCGGCGGUGGUCGACAGAAUCUCGACACCGCGGGGCAAGAACAAUACUUUAUUAGGCGCCGAAGGCAUAUCGCUGCUGCUCGCUGAUAGCUCGUGCGUAACUGCCUCGAUUGCGCCGCCUACACGUCUGCGAAGCAGCAUUGCCGAGGAGCCAUCUUUUUUCGUGGAAGCAAAAAGUGCUUUCAAGAAUGGAACUGACUCGCAACUGUCUCACGAGGUCGGUUUACGCCUUGCCCAAACCGUCUUUCGCAAUGGGAGGGAUAAGACUUUGUUGGGCAUGCGAUGGACUCGGGAUAGAUCCUCAAACACGUACAGUCUUGACGAGUGUCGAGAAUUAUCGACUUGCUUUGUCACACCUCUAGCUACCAAAGCACACUGCUCCAUCAAGACUCCCUUAUAUCCUGUGACUCAGCGCCGACGGGUUGUCUCAAGCAUGGGCAAUAUACUCCGACAAGUAUCAAAGUCCGCGAUUGGUGAAGACGACAUGAACACGGGUAUUCCUGCCUCGUCUGAACUGGAGAAAGAGCUCCCCCGCUAUGUCAGUGAACUAGGUAUCCCGCAUCAACGAGUAGCCGUAUGGGCACUUGUGGAACCGUCCAAAACAGAUUUAACUACAAAGGCCCGCACUCGGCGCGACUUUCAGGAAUCGAUUCUAUCCGGAAGCAAGAUCCAUCGUGUAGUCAGUGGAGGCGGGGGCUGGGGCAAGAAGCAAGGCUUGCUAUCACUGGAUCCGGAGAUUACUUUCGAGGGUCAACACCGCAGACCCCGUAGUGUUUCAUUGGGUGAGCUAUUCCAAGCUCAGACUACAAAUGCUAGUCUAGCAGAAAUGAGUGCUUAUCGUGAUGCCUCUGAGGGCAAAGGACUCGAGGAAAACAUGGCGUCACUAUCGCAGGUGGCAUCGCCGGGGGAUUAUAUUCAAUUCUUUGUGGCUUCGGACUCGCUCGGCAGUGCGGAGGUUGUGAACCAAGCAGCGGCUAAUCUUUCAUACUCUUUUGGUGUUGAAGCUCCCCUUGAAACAGAGACUGUGGGAUCGAGUGCUGCUGCGUCUAGGGGCGAGGAUGUAACCAUAAUUCCCAAUCACUUUGGCGCCAUUUCCGAGUCAGCAAUAAGCUAUUCACACGAGAAUAUCUCGACCAAGAUAUCGGUACCGGGAUCGCGUGUAGAGUUGCUAGUUGAGUGA